AGUUUGCCGUUCACCCGUAGCGCUCGGGACUUGCUGAUAGUGGUGACGGCGGCAACAUGUCUGUGGCGUUCGCAGCCCCGAGGCAGCGAGGCAAGGGGGAGAUCACUCCCGCUGCUAUUCAGAAGAUGUUGGAUGAAAAUAACCAUCUUAUUCAGUGUAUAAUGGACUAUCAAAAUAAAGGAAAGACCUUAGAGUGUUCUCAGUAUCAGCAGAUGUUGCAUACAAACUUGGUGUACCUUGCUACAAUAGCAGAUUCUAAUCAAAAUAUGCAGUCUCUUUUACCAGCACCACCCACACAGAAUAUGCCUAUGGGUCUUGGAGGGAUGAAUCAGAGCGGCCCUCCCCCACCUCCUCGCUCUCACAACAUGUCUUCAGAUGGAAUUGUAGGUGGGGGUCCUCCUGCACCACACAUGCAGAACCAGAUGAACGGCCAGAUGCCUGGACCUAACCAUAUGCCUAUGCAGGGACCUGGACCCAAUCAGCUCAAUAUGACAAAUAGUUCCAUGAACAUGCCUUCAAGUAGCCAUGGAUCCAUGGGAGGUUAUAACCAUUCCGUUCCAUCAUCACAGAGCAUGCCAGUACAGAACCAGAUAACGAUGAGUCAAGGACAGCCAAUGGGAAACUAUGGCCCCAGACCAAAUAUGAAUAUGCAGCCAAACCAAGGUCCAAUGAUGCACCAGCAGCCUCCUUCUCAACAAUAUAAUAUGCCACAGGGAGGUGGGCAGCAUUACCAAGGACAGCAGCCACCUAUGGGCAUGAUGGGUCAAGUUAAUCAAGGCAAUCACAUGAUGGGUCAGAGACAGAUCCCUCCUUAUAGACCACCUCAACAAGGCCCACCACAGCAGUACUCAGGCCAGGAAGACUAUUAUGGGGACCAAUACAGUCAUGGUGGACAAGGUCCUCCAGAAGGCAUGAACCAGCAGUAUUACCCUGAUGGUCAUAAUGAUUACGGUUAUCAGCAACCGUCGUAUCCUGAACAAGGCUACGAUAGGCCUUAUGAGGAUUCCUCACAACAUUACUACGAAGGAGGAAAUUCACAGUAUGGCCAACAGCAAGAUGCUUACCAAGGACCACCUCCACAACAGGGAUAUCCACCCCAGCAGCAGCAGUACCCAGGGCAGCAGGGCUAUCCAGGACAGCAGCAGGGCUAUGGUCCUUCACAGGGUGGUCCAGGUCCUCAGUAUCCCAACUACUCACAGGGACAAGGUCAGCAGUAUGGUGGAUAUAGACCAUCUCAGCCUGGACCACCACAGCCACCCCAACAGAGGCCUUAUGGAUAUGACCAGGGACAGUAUGGAAAUUACCAGCAGUGAAAAAGUACUUACAUUCCAAUAGCCAGUACCUGUUAGCAGCCAUAUUGUCACCUCAGCACUGUGGACACCUCCCUGUGAAGAGAUCCUUUCAUUCCAUCUAGUGUUUGGAAAAACUUUGUGGAUAAGUGGCCGUUUCUUCAGUAAGCAGCCUUUGUGGCUUAGUUAUAAAAGGCUUUAGUAGCUCAAAAAUACUCUUGAUUUCACAUUUCUACUCUAGAUGGCAACAUUGGACAGAAAAUACAAUGACAUAACCAAUUUGCAAUGAUUUCGGAACUGUUUCAAAUGGACUGUUACAGACUG